CUCUUUUCUUUCAAAUAAACCACUGUCCGUCACACCAGACCAGCAGAUUUACUGUUGCUCUCGCCGCCAUCUCGGCUUCUCUCUCGAAUCCUUCUCCUCGAGCAAAAGAGACGACUUCAUCCCGCAAAUUUCUCCAAAGCCCCACCGUUCCCUCAGCGGCUUUCUAGGCACGCUAUCUUUUUUUUCUGCUGGGCCUAUUACUCAGAGCCUCUUUUAUCGAACGUUUGCCGUCGCUCUCGUUGUUUUUCUCUUUUUGGCGCAAACAAAACCAGCUUUUUUUCGAUAUUCUAUAAUCCGACAUCAUGGUGAAGGAGACGAAGCUUUAUGACACCCUUGGUGUCGCUCCCACAGCUACAGAGCAGGAGCUGAAGAAGGCCUACAAGAUUGGUGCCUUGAAACACCACCCUGACAAGAACGCACACAACCCCGCUGCCGAAGAAAAGUUCAAGGAGAUCUCGCACGCUUAUGAGAUCCUUUCCGAUCCUCAGAAGCGACAGGUCUACGAUCAAUAUGGUGAGGCUGGUCUAGAGGGCGGCGCAGGUGGUGCAGGCGGCAUGGCUGCUGAGGACCUGUUUGCUCAGUUCUUUGGCGGUGGCGGCUUCGGCGGCAUGGGAGGUAUGUUCGGCGGCAUGCAGAACCGCGGUCCUCCCAAGGCCCGUACCAUUCACCACACCCACAAGGUCUCCCUCGAGGACAUCUACCGAGGCAAGAUUUCCAAGCUCGCUCUGCAGCGAUCCAUCAUCUGCCCCAAGUGUGAUGGCCUCGGAGGAAAGGAUGGCGCCGUCCGCAAGUGCACAGGCUGUAACGGAGCCGGUAUGAAGACCAUGAUGCGCCAGAUGGGCCCCAUGAUCCAGCGCUUCCAGACUGUCUGCCCCGACUGCAAUGGUGAAGGAGAAAUCAUCAAGGACAAGGAUCGCUGCAAGCAGUGCAACGGCAAGAAGACCACCGUUGACCGAAAGGUCCUCCACGUCCACGUCGACAGGGGUGUCCGAAGCGGCACCAAGGUUGAGUUCCGCGGCGAGGGUGACCAGGCCCCUGGCGUUCAGGCCGGUGACGUUGUUUUCGAGAUUGAGCAGAAGCCUCACGCGCGUUUCACUCGCAAGGAGGACGAUCUCCUCUACCGAUGCGAAAUUGAGCUGGUCACUGCCCUUGCUGGUGGCACCAUCUACGUCGAGCACCUGGAUGACCGAUGGCUCAGCAUUGACAUCCUGCCUGGAGAGGCUAUUGCACCUGACUCUGUCAAGAUGGUUCGCGGUCAGGGUAUGCCCUCAUACAGACACCACGACUAUGGUAAUCUCUACAUCCGCUUCGAUGUCAAGUUCCCCGACAAGAACUGGACCGACGAUGCCGAGGCCUUCGAGACCCUCCGCAAGAUCCUGCCACCCCCUACAUCACAGCCUGCUGCCCCUGCUGAGGCCAUGACGGAGCCUGCUGAUUUGGAAGACUUGGAUACCAAGGCCCAGACCAAGGUCUUCGGAGACCCCAACGCCAUGGGAGAAGAUGAGGACGAAGAUGGCCACCCUGGCGGCGAGCGCGUCCAGUGCGCCUCGCAGUAAAGCAGAAUAUAUUAUCUAUAUAUAACUUGGGGCUAAAAAUAGAAAAGGAGAGCAGACCAUGGAUGCACGCUGACGCUAUGAGGUAUUGGGCGCCCCUCUUUUCCAGAGGCAGCAAGCGUGUGAAGCAGGCGGAAGGGUACUGUUUGGUUUCUUUGGGGAAUUGACAACUUGACGUCAUUUCAUUCUCUACCGCAGCACAUGGGUUUUUUUCUCGCAUUCUCAUUGAUACCUUUUGGGGGAGAGGGGGCUUUCCCCUUUGCUGCACUUGGGAAAGCGAGGGAUGCGCAGGGGGAUGAUAUUGGGCAUGUCCAUUUUGCCGACCAUUAUUAUGGACUGGGUGCUUUUUGGAAUGCAUGACUAGGUUGGAGGGCGUUUAGGGGACAUAGACGAUUUGACGAGUUUUUUAAGUUGUUGCAGACUUAGACUAUGAAUGCGAUGAUAUCAACCAAUGCCUUUUU